CACUAAGAAUUUUUCCCUCUGCAGUGUUUAAGGUAUUGAAGAUUUAAAGGUUUUCCCAUCAUUAUUUCCACUAAAAAGCUCACACAUUUUCCAUCCCCUUCACAAAAUCCUCAGAGCAUUAGUGUGCAAAACUUUGGUUUCUUCACCAUCACAAAUGGCAUCAUCAGCAUCAUCAUCAUCAUCAUCAUCAUGCAGUGUUCAUAUUUCACUAAUGAUCAUCAUCAUGGCCUCCAUGCCCUCAAAACUCCAUUCAUCACCUUCACAACCUUACAUUCCCAAGAUUCCAACUCAAUCUUCUUCUUCAUCAGCAACAUCAACAGAUCCUCCUACAUCUUCUUCUUCUUCUUCUUCUUCUUCUACUAAAUCUCCUUUUCAACCGUUGUCACCAGAUAUUGCUCCACUCUUUCCUUCUCCUGGUGGUGGUGUGUUCCCUACUCCUGCUUCUGGCUCUGAAAUCCCCACAAUUCCUUCAACCCCAAGCACUCCAAACCCAGAUGACAUUAUUGCCCCUGGCCCACUUUCUGCAUUCUCACCAAUGCAAUCUUCUUCCACUGCUCCAAGAACUCUUGCUUCUAAUGCAGCCAUUGCAGCUUUUGCAGGCUUAGCAGCAGCAUACUAUUGUUCUAUGCAGCAUAUGAGAGUUUGAGUGAUCUGGGGUGUGAUAGAUUCCAAUUAUGAUAUGCAAUUCAGUAGAGAGGAUUCAGCAUGCAGAACAAGAAACUUGGUAUGACAUAUGCAAGAAAAUGAGAGAAGCAAAAUAAGUAUAUGAGGCAGAUUCUUCAUUGUUGUAUGUCAAACUUUUUAUUCUUUGAUUGUAUUGUACCAUAUCAUAUAUAA